GAAGGGCAAACAUCCGUUGCGUGUGCGCCGUGCUUGUUCACCAGCCGGGUGUGGACAGAAAGCAAAAUAAUAACAGACAAGGCUGUUGUGAUUAGUAAUGGACCAGGAGGAGGAGAGGAAGCAAAUGAACUCCAAAAAGCCAGACAGGGCACUUUAUGUCCCUAAAAGGCAGCAAGUGAAUGGGGAGCAGGAGAAGAAAGGAGAGCUGCUGAAGGAAUCGGCCCUAUGCCCCUCUACUAGUGAGGAGCCCAAGAGACAGGCUCAGGGCAAGGCUAGAGCAAGUCCCCUUGAGGUUGGUGGGUCAGGGAGGGGGGAAAAGCAGAGGGAGAGGAAAGGGAGGCAGGUCAAGGAUAAAGGGAAGAAGGGUAACAUGAGUACUGGGGGAAGCAAAAUGAAAAGGGACAGGGAAGGUAGUGAAAGUCAGAAGCAAUUGGACGGUGAGAGAGAGGCGAGUCAGGGGAUUAGCUAUGGGGACAAAAAAACAGAGACAAGGGAAGACACAAGAAAUCGAGCGAUGGCAGAUAAAGAGGGAGAGGUAGGAAACAAGAAGGGAAAUGAUUUUGAUACUUUGGAACACCUUGUCUUGGACGGACCUCAGAGCUGUUCUCAUAAGGAAAACAUGCAGGACAUCCAAACUGAAGUCUGUAUUUCUAAAUCUUCCCCCCUUGGUGAAGCUGUAGGUAGCAGACUGGGAGAGAGAGACUCUGGUAUAGGUGUGACAGUGAAGGAGCCCUUAGCAGUGAGUGCAGGUCAGGAAGAGGGUGCCUGCUCUGGGACAGGGCUGGGUGAAGGACAGGGUGAAGGGGUAAAGAGUAGCACACACACAGAGAACACAAAGCCUUCCCAAGGUACCCCAAAUUGUUCCAGCACAGAAGGGACAGGCUUGCAGACUGAGGAAACUUGGUAUGUUGAGAAGGUCCUGAAUGGAGACUCGGGAACUUUGGAACAAAGUUCACAUUCUAUCAGUACAGCAUUGAGGGAGGAGCCCAGUGACCAGGAGUCAGACAGCUGGGACACCCUAUUUAACGAUGAGGGAGAUUGCCUGGACCCCCAUCUACUGGAGGAGUUGCAAUCUCUUUUUCAGAUAUCACAAGAUCAGGCGAAGGUAAAGAAGACCGUCCAGGAGCCCCGAUUUGAUUAUUACAACUGGGCAGUCGAAUCCGAGGUGGAGCUCAGAGAGGAUGAGUUGUCCCACAUUGUUGAGAUCUACGAGUUCCCUUCAGAGUUCAAAACAGAGGAUCUGCUCCGAACUUUCAACAGCUUUCAGCAAAAGGGGUUUGAUAUUCAAUGGGUGGAUGACACUCACGCGCUUGGACUCUUCUCCAGCCCCAUAGCUGCACGAGAUGCCCUGAGAACAAAACACCCAAUGUUGAAGGUCCGCCCGCUGUCACAGGCAUCUGCUGUGACCAAAGCUAAGGCCAGGGGAUGUUCAGAUUACCUCCUGCCUGCAAAGGAGCGCCCCAAGACCAGUGCGGCUCUGGCCAGAAGGCUGGUUAUUGGGGCACUGGGCGUGCGGAGCCCCCAGAGCCGAGAAGAUAGGGAUGCAGAGAAGAGGAAACUGCAGGAGGCCCGUGAACAAAAGCGGUUGGCGGCCAAACAGCGUGAGGAUGCUUGGGAGGGAAAAUGACUGGGCAUUUUAUACAUGACUCAUUGCUGGUGAAAGAUCAGCAGUAUUAUAUAUGGGCCAUCGAAUUCAGCUGGAUAUGCUGUAUUUGAAGAUAUUUAACAGGGCAACCAUAUUGAGAGGCCCAGUUUCCAUGCUGGGAAUUUAUCUUGGACACUGCCAUGAAUAUCUGAGCUAGUGACAGAAGAUGUAUAGCAUUCUCUGCAAGACCUUCGUUUGAUAAGAAAUUAGCAGCCUGAUGCUGUAUGGAACCGAAGAUAUUCACACAAGGUAGCGUCUUUUUCGAAAGCUGACUGUUCAACUGAAUGUUUUUAUACGUUUGCUGAGAGGACUGUUAUGCUGGGAAUUAUAUAGGUGGAGUUUUUCGAGUUUCAAAGUUAACUAAGAUCAACCUGAGAAAGUUACUAAAAAGUAAUCAACAGAAAUAAAGUUUUGUUUGAUUUUAA